AGCCUUCACCAUGGAGCAGCUGAGUACAGCCAACACCCUCUUUGCCUUGGAGCUGUUCCACAGCCUGAGUGAAAACAGCUCCACAGGAAACAUCUUCAUCUCUCCCUUCAGCAUCUCUUCUGCCCUGGCCAUGGUCUUCUUGGGGGCCAGAGGCAACACUGCAGCCCAGCUCUCUAAGACUUUUCAUUUUGAUGCGGUUGAUGACAUUCAUGCAAGGUUUCAAAGACUGAAUGCUGAAGUGAGCAAACGUGGAGCUUCUCACAAGCUGAAACUUGCUAACAGACUGUAUGGAGAGAAAACCUACAGUUUCCUUCCUGAGUUCUUGGCAUCCACCCAGAAACUGUAUGGUGCUGACUUGGCCCCUGUGGAUUUCCAGCAUGCCUCUGAGGAUGCAAGGAAGGAAAUAAACCAGUGGGUCAAAGGUCAAACAGAAGGGAAAAUUCCAGAACUGUUGGCUGUGGGCGUGGUUGACAGCAUGACCAAACUUGUGCUAGUGAAUGCCAUCUACUUCAAGGGAAUGUGGCAGGAGAAAUUCAUGAAACGGGACACAACCGAUGCUCCUUUCCGACUGAAUAAGAAAGACACAAAAACAGUGAAGAUGAUGUAUCAAAAGAAAAAAUUUCCAUUUGGUUACAUUCCGGACCUGAAGUGCAAGGUGCUGGAGAUGCCUUACCAGGGCGGAGAACUUAGCAUGGUCAUUCUGCUGCCUGAAGACACUGAGGAUGAGUCCAUGGGUCUUAAGAAGGUUGAGAAACAGUUAACUUCAGAAAAACUUCGUAAAUCGACCAAACAUGAGAACCUGGAAACCAUUGACGUCCAUGUCAAAUUGCCCAGGUUCAAGUUGGAAGAGAGCUACACCCUUAACUCCAACCUUGGCCGCCUGGGAGUACAAGAUCUGUUCACCAGCAACAAGGCUGAUCUGUCUGGCAUGUCAGAAUCCAGAGAUCUCUUCAUAUCAAAAAUUGUCCACAAGUCCUUUGUGGAAGUGAGUGAGGAGGGAACAGAAGCAGCUGCUGCCACAGGGGGCAUUGUUACAUUCCGAAUGAUGUUGCCUGAGGAAGAAUUCACAGUGGAUCAUCCAUUCCUUUUCUUCAUUCGGCACAACCCAACAGCUAACCUGCUCUUCCUUGGCAGGGUCUGUUCUCCAUAAAACAGACUUCAGAGAUACAAGACAGAGCUUAGAGUUUUCAUUGCCUAUGAUUU